ACGGAAUUAAUAAACCGGAGAGAAGACUCCGGUUCGAUCAAGUGGGGAAAGUUAAGAUUUUUGAUUUCAACACUGCGAUUGAGAUUUUCCAGAGGCAAGAGAGAAAGGAAAAUGAGCGAGACGAGACCAGUGCCGAGGAGGGAGAGUCCAUGGGGUUUACCGGAAGGUCACCGUGAGCCCAAAGCUCAUCGCUGCAACGAUCGUGUCGAGGACGUCAUCCAGGCGAUUUUCGAGGGAAACCCAUUUAAGACGGUUCCAGGACCUUUCAAACUAUUCUACAGAUGCAUGCGCUCUAAGCCAGGAGAGGAACCAACAGAGCCAUUCACGUACCUCGACCUGGAACCUCCAAAGAGAGAAGUAAAACUUGAGUAA